AUGGGCAACUCUGUAGAUCAUCUCUCUAGCGGUAAAACUGUUGAAAGCCGCGAAGUAGUGACAAAAUAUGGCAAAUUAAUUGGUAGACGUCUGGAAAUCGGUAACGAUAAACAAGUUGAUUUAUUCCUUGGGGUCCCAUAUGCUAAGCCACCUAAUGAACCGCUCGAUAAGUGGGAAGGAGUUCGAAAGUGUGAGAAAUUCGGAGCGCGUGGUAUUCAGAAAGAUCUUGUGAUUCUUGAUAAAUGGAAGUAUGGUCAUACGAGCGAAGACAAUCUUUACCUUAAUGUUUUUACACCUGUUUGGGCACUACCAGCCGAUGGUUUCCCUGUAAUGGUUUUUGUACAUGGUGGUGGAUUCGUCUCUGACUCUAGUGUGAAAUAUGGGGAUGUUGGCAUUUGUCGUCAUUUGGUAUGUGCUUGGCGUUUGACCACCUUGUUGACAGAUGCUUUAAUUUUGAGAUAUAGUCUUUUAACUGACGUCGUUAGUGUCCUUAGCUUUUAUUUCACUUGGGACGGUUUUGAACGAUUGCAUUGUGGCUAUCCUCUUUUCGAAGCAAUGAAAAUACCGCUUGGGGUGAAAAAUGAUGUUGUUGUCGUUACGGUUCAAUACCGCUUGGGGUAUCUAGGAUUCUUUAGCACUGGUGAUUCAGCCUGCCCUGAUAAUCUUGCUCUUUGGGACAUGACAGCGGCGUUGACAUGGAUCCAAGAAAAUAUUGCAGCUUUUGGAGGCAACAAGAGCAAUGUAACAGUUUUUGGUCAGAGUGCAGGCGGCGUUUGUGUUGAUCUUCUAUCUUUAAGCCCUUAUUCAAGAGAUCUUUUCCAUAAAGUUAUUCCGAUGGCUGGAAAUGCUUGCUGUGACUGGGCGAUACAUGAGAAUGCGGUUGAGAAGUGCCGCGCUUUCAGCUCUCGGUUAGGAUUGAAAACAAAUAACAGUGUCGAGUUAAUAGAGAACCUACGAGAUAUUGAAGCUUCUAAGUUUGCGACAACAAUGGAGAUUAAUCCAAAUAAAAUGGAAACUGUUAUUGGCCCUCGUAUAGACUACGACUUUUUACCAAAGCCUAUUAAACUGCUCAGGGCAGAAGCUCCUUCGAAGCUUGCGCUUGUUGGCACGUGUCAGUAUGAAGGUCUAAUAUUCUCGAUCUUCAGCCGUUUGCAAAACAACUCAGUGUCAUAUUUGGAAGAAACGAUUGCACGAUUUAUCCCUGAAAGAAAUUACAGAGACUUUAAAGAUUUAAGGAGAGAAGCUUUGCGUCUUUAUCUUAACCCUGAGGACUGUUAUGACAAGAAGAAAAUCCAGGAGGCAAUCGUUAAUUUGUAUUCGGACUUCUUCCUGAAUGUUUAUACCCAAGAGUACGUGCUUGAACGUGUUUCAAAGCCGGACCAGAAGACAUUCCUGUAUUCCUUUGAUUAUUAUAAUCCGAAAAGCUGGGGCGUUCUGGGGUUUGCUUUGCCUUUCAAAGGUGCCACUCAUUGUACUGAAUUGGCUUACUUAUUUAACGUCGGAAUUAUCAUGCCAUUUACCUUCAAUGACGAUGAUAAUAAAAUGCUUGCCUUAAUGACUAAAAUGUGGACAAAUUUCGCAAAAUAUGGGGAUCCAAAUGGAGCAGAAGGAAAUGACAAGAUUUCAGAGUUUUGCUGGGAACCAGCUUCUGAAGCUAAUCCUUAUCGGUACUUGUCAAUAAAUUUAAAAAGUCAAAUGAAAGAUGAAUACGGUGAACUUCGUCCGAAGUUCUGGGCCGAUAUUCGUCAACGAGUACGACAAUAG